CUCUCGUCAAGGAUCUUGCGGAGAAAGAAAGAAAAAGAUUCUCUCUUUUUUGCUCAUAUUUCUGUCACAUUAACAACAGGGAUUAAUAGUCGUCCAUCAUGGCCUGGCGCAACCAGGGAAUCACCGGGUCCAAUAACAUCCCUCUGGGCCGGAGACGGUUUGGAGGUGAGGAGGGCCCGGAGGAUGAGAGUCGCACCGCGACGCCUGCUUCUAUGCCUGGUGCUGGUGAUUCGGCCUAUAAGCGUGGCAGGAGCCCUGUCCGCGCUGAACCCCCCGCCGACGGCGUCAAGAAGCGCAAGAAGCGUAACCGUUGGGGCGAUGCGCAGGAAAACAAGGCUGCCGGUCUCAUGGGUCUGCCGACCAUGAUUAUGGCUAAUUUCACCAAUGAACAGCUGGAAGCGUAUACCCUGCAUUUGCGGAUUGAGGAGAUCAGCCAGAAGUUGAGGAUCAAUGAUGUUGUGCCGGCUGAUGGGGAUAGAUCUCCCUCCCCCCCUCCUCAGUACGAUAACUUUGGCAGACGUGUAAACACUAGGGAAUACCGCUACCGGAAGCGUCUCGAGGAUGAGCGCCACAAACUCGUCGAAAAGGCGAUGAAGACUAUUCCUAACUACCACCCGCCUUCUGACUACAGACGUCCUACUAAGACCCAGGAGAAGGUCUAUGUGCCUGUGAAUGACUAUCCAGAGAUUAACUUCAUUGGCUUACUCAUAGGACCUCGUGGUAAUACCCUGAAGAAGAUGGAGUCGGAGUCUGGUGCCAAGAUUGCCAUUCGUGGUAAAGGCUCCGUCAAGGAAGGAAAGGGUCGCUCUGAUGCCGCUCACGCCAGCAACCAGGAAGAAGAUCUUCACUGUUUGAUUAUGGCAGAUACUGAGGAGAAGGUUAACAAGGCGAAGAAGCUGGUGCACAAUGUCAUUGAGACGGUACGUAUCCUUGAGAUGUUUGCACAAUGAGUACUAGGUGCUAAUGGAUAACAGGCCGCUUCGAUCCCUGAGGGUCAGAACGAGCUCAAGAGGAAUCAACUUCGAGAGCUGGCCGCACUCAACGGUACUCUCCGUGAUGACGA